UCUUUACGACAGAGUGCGUCCGUGCGCGUGGUGGGAACGGUAGCAAGAUGGCGGCGCUGAAGGAGGAGCAGAGCUACGGACUGUCCUGUGGAAGAGUGAGCAACGGCAGCAAUGUCUCCGUCUUUCACGUUAAACUCACUGACAGCGCACUGAGAGCGUUUGAAGGCUAUCAGAGCAGCAAGGUGCUGUCGUCACAACCAUUGAUCAGGUUUAAUGGUAACCAAGGGAAAAUCUCAAUACCACGGUCAGAAAAUUCCAGUGAACUGCAAACGUUUACUUUCUACCUGUCAAAUGUGGGCCGAGAUAACCCCCAGGGCAGCUUCGACUGCAUCCAGCAGUACAUCACAAGUGAAGGGAGCAUUCAGCUGGAUUGUUUGGGUGGGAUCCAGGACAAGAUCACAGUUUGUGCCACAGACGACUCCUACCAGAAGGCCAGGGAAAGCAUGGCCCAAGUCGAAGAGGAGACUCGUAGUAGGAGUGCCAUCGUCAUCAAGCCAGGGGGGAGAUACGUAGGUAAGAAGGUUCAGAUCCGGAAACCGGCACCUGGCCUCUCAGAUAUCGCCCCGUUACGGAGGACAUCUCGGCCUGUCAUCAUCUCCAGCAGCACGCUGAAGAAAACCACACCUCAGCACAGGCCUCUCAGAGAGCGCCUGCUACACCUGUUGGCCCUCAAGCCUUACAAGAAGCCUGAGCUGAUCCUGAGGCUGCAGAAAGACGGCCUCUUGCCAUUAGACAAGGACUCCCUGGAUAGCUACCUGCAACAGGUGGCGAACCUGAACGGGAGAGACAACACCUUCACAUUGAAGGACGUUUUGUACAAAGAAAUUCAGAAGGACUGGCCCGGCUAUACAGAAGGAGACCAGCAGCUCCUCAAGAGAAUCCUGUUUCGGAAACAGAGCCAGGCCCAGAACAGCUCUGCCCCUCCACUGGAGAGCCCGCCCAAAGAGCCAGCCAGCAACUCGCCAUCUCAGAAACGACCUGCCGCUGACUUUAUCGACCCUCUUGCCAACAAAAAGCCCAGGAUAUCACACCUCGCCAGCAAAGCUGCAACAGCCCCAGUCAAUGGCAAGCUCAGCACCUCCAACGGGAGAGGAGAGUCAGGUGUAGCACCCGCAGGAGUGGUGGUUUCUAUGUCAGACAGCGGCAUAAUGUCCAGCUCCCAGCAACUGCCUGUGCUGGACAUCCCUCGUCCUUUCGAAGCGCUAUCGGACGUCAGCAACGACUCCAGCCACAACGGGAGAGACUGUGACUCUCAGGAAACAGCCAUGUCCGAGAGACUCAGCCAACCUCCCUCACUGUUCUCAGGCUCAGUGGCCUUCUCGACACCCAGCAUCUGCACACAAUCACCCGGACACACGGCCCCGGAAGUCCCUACAGACAAGAGUCCUUCAUCCUUGAACGUCAAAUCCAAAAAGAAGUCAAAAAAGCAUAAAGACAAGGAGAAGAGUAAAGACAGGGAGAGGGUGAAAGAGAAGGGGAAGGAGAAGGAAAGGAAGAGUCAUAAGGAGCGUGUGCCUGAGCCUAACAGAGCCUGUGAGCUGAGCCAAGGAAACCUCAAAAGCAACAGUAUUCCACACAAAAGCACAGAUCUGAAUGGAAUGUGCAACAGUACCAGUAUUCCUCUGUCAUCACCGGAGGUGGCAGACUAUUUAUUGAAGUACAAAGAAAUUGGCUCUCCAGAGCAGCGUCAGAAGUAUAAAAAUGAUUUUAACACCGAGUACAGUGAGUACAGGGAUUUGCACGCUCGGAUAGAAGGCGUCACCCGACAGUUCACUGUGCUGGACAAUGAGCUCAAACAGCUCCAACAUGGCACAGACAAGUACCAGACAAUCCACAAUCAGAUACUUGAAGAGUAUCAUAAAAUAAAAAAGACUAAUCCAAACUAUAGUCAAGAGAAGAACCGCUGUGAAUAUCUACACAACAAACUGGCACAUAUAAAGAGACUUAUUGCAGAGUACGAUCAGCAGCAACCUUAGAGUUAGUUCUUAGACAUUGUUUCCCUGUUAUCUCUGGAAACUAAGCAGAUAAAGGAAACUCUGGAUUCCACCUGUGCUAAAAAAAUGUUCUCAAGCAAGAUGCCAUGAAGGGAGUAUUCCCCUCACUGGGGCCAAAGGCUUUAGUGAGGACUGAGCAGGACACAAUCUGUUUCUCUCUUUCCUUUUUUUUUCUUUUAUGGUGGGCAAAGUCCAUCUGUGUAGUUACAAUGCAUCCUUAAAAAAAAAGGUUCUGUUUGGCUUUGUUUUUCUUGAGAGCCCACCCUGCUUAUAUUGCACAGAGGUCUGAUUGUGUCACACGAAGAAGUGUUCCCACUUUCUCGGGAGAUGAGCCUUCAGCUUGUAGGCCAAAUGCAACUAAUUUGUUUUGUAUUUAGAUAAAUUAAGUGAUUCUCCCCUUUACUGAAUCCAAGAGUUUGGACAUUGAAAUUCUUUUUAUUUAUUUUUGACACUUAACCUGGGGGUCUGGGUCUGUUUUACACUCCUCAGUAUCAGUACUCAAAAGCUGUCUCUCUUCCUGUCUUCACAUCUUGAAUGUCAGCCAGUAUUUAAUUCAGAAGCUGCCUUGCCCAUCAAACUGUCCAUCUGUUGGUGUUCAUUAUUCUUUCUCUUUUAAAGAGAUGAAAUUAUUACUAUUGAUUCAAUCAAAAUGAUGCCUCUUAAUGCACACAGUCAGACGCAGGUUUUUGCACAUGGCUUUUUUUUCUAAAAUCCUGUGCAGAUGUCUUAAUAGAGGGGACAUGUGGGAGAAUUUCCAGUUCUCUUGAGCUGCAAAUUUCCUUUGAACACAGUCCCUUCACUCAGUCACAACCCGCUGCAAUGCUCCUUCUCUGGUUUCAGCAGUGGUUUUUUGUUAUGGUUCAUCAAAGUGUAUCAGUGAAAAAAUAGAUUAAGCUCUUAAUUGGUUGUCUUUUCAGUUUAGGUCAUGAUGGCUUUUGUAGCAAUAGAAUUGUUCACACUUAUCUUAAUGCUUCAGAGGAUCCUUGAAUUGUAAGAUGGUGCAGAUUUGCAGGCUUUUUUUCCCCCUAAAAAAUCUACAAAAAUUAGGUUGAGCCACGGAUCUGAUAUCUCAUAAGUUCCCUUUAUUGUGAUCUUUAGUCGCGUCAAAAUUAUGUUUACAGUGUCUUUAAAAAGAUCAAAUGUUUAGUCUGCUCAUCGGCCCACAUGCUAGUCCAUCGAGAAGACUGUUAAGAUGAAGCCAUCCUCGAUCAUCUUCCAGGGAGAGCCUCUCGGAGGAGGGCUCGCCUGUGACCAGUGUUUGCCUUUUCAAAUGUGAUGUCAGAUAUUCACGGAGGUGAACCUGAAAUCUAUUUUCCUGGAUCAGCUCUCCUCUCUCUUAGAGGCGUCAAGACAACAAAUUUAAAAUGCUGUUCCAGAGCUUUACCUGAUGAACAAGCAAGUCGAGUUUCGUCAGCGAAUGCAUUUCUUAUACCGACCUUUUUAUGUGAAUAUGAAGAAUCAGCACUUUUUCUCCUGAUCUCGCUGUUACCUGGGAGUUUUGUCCAGUGACCUUUCUCUUUGUCCAUCAGAGUGCAUGCUUUAUGAAUGUGUUACAAUGAACAGUCUUUGUAUCUUUACUUGAAAAAAAAAAACUGCCCAAGGAUCUCAAAAUCCGAGCAAACGCCUAGUCCACCUGAAUCAGUAUGUAAUCAAUCCGCCAUGGGUCUGACCAGCAUGUAUACCAAAGUGCUUACAAAGUGGAAGGAAUGGAAUCGCUUUACCAAAUGAUGGCAAAGGAACAUGUCACAGUAUUCUCUUCUUUCUGUUAUUACGUCUUUUCUCAUUAUUUAUCAUCCAGUGAAAUCUGAGUCAGUGUUUUUGUAUAUGAAGUAACAGAACGGUCCUUUGCCCCAGACUGGAUUUACAGAACUUGGCUCAAGUGUUUGCAUGAGGAGAGUGGUAUAAUCUCAAACCUGGCAUUACAUCCAAACACUACAUCAAAGCCAGCCACGCUGCUGGGUCUAGACUGAGGUUGGAUCUGGGACUUGAAGAUGUUUGGGCAAGGGAUGAUAACGUGAAAGUCUUUUCCAGAAUCAGUAGUCCUGCAGCCUGUUGAUAAGAAGUAACAUCUUUCACCACUCUUGUUCCUUGUUUUGUAGACAUAUUCUUUACAUGAUUACUGUAUUACACCUCCAUCACGGUCAAAACCCAUUGUGAAUGAGUCAUCAGUGAAUGCAUUUUCCUCCAAUGGAGAGCAAAGUGUUUGAAGGUAACGAAAUGCCAGCACAGGAGUACCGUUGUACGAGUUGAUAGUGCCAAAAUGACCUGUUGUAAAGGUUUUUUUUUUCUUUUCUGACUAUAUACAUGCUGCUGUAAAAGCAAAGAGGGCUUUGGAGAAGAGUCGUGAAAUGUUGGCGCUAAAACCCAAAGCACGCUUUUUGAAAACCAUAAGGGACUGGGACUGAAAUUGAUCUUUGUUUCAAUAAAAUUCUUAAAAUCCUUAUUUGUGAAAUUCUGAA